AUGUCCAGCCGGAGGGCGAACGCGCCAGAGGUGCGCGAAUCUAUAGAGGCGAAGACUGCCUCCGUGGACGUGGAGAUGAAGGAUACACCGGAUGAUGAGAUCGAUGCCGAAGGCGACCCUGACGUAGAUAUGGAUGCGGAAGGUGACGAAGAUGCCGAAGGUGAAGAGGACGCAGAAGGUGAAGUGGAUGAUGAAGGUCGCCCCGAUAUGUAUCGCUUGAUUCAUAAUCUCUCGACCUACCUGUGUAGCGUUCAGGAUGAUGGUGAGCAGCUUGCUGCUGGCUUCCAGCGCAUCCCGAAUAGACGGACGCUGCCUGAUUAUUUCGAAAUCAUCGCCGAACCCAUUGCUUUCAGUACCAUCCGAGGCAAAACUCAGAAGAAACAAUACAGCUCAUUUGCGGAGUUCGUCAAGGAUGUUGCGCAAAUCUGCCACAACGCUCAAGUUUACAACCGACCCUCCGCUCCUAUUUUCGGUGCCGCAGUUCGCCUUCGAGAAAUUCUCGUACAAGAACUCAAGAAGCUGUUAGAAAAGGGCCACAUCAAUGCCAAUGAUGCACAAUUGCCAGAUCUCGGCGAAUUACCACCCGCAGAAGAGUCUCCACCAGCAGAGGAUGAUGAGGAAGACGAGGAAGAUGACGAGGAGGAAGAUGAAGAGGAAGAUGAGGAUGAGGAUGAGGACGACGAUUCAGACGAUGAAGGCGGACGACGCAGGGGACGAAGACGACGUGGCGUUGGUCGAAGAGAUCAGGACAAAGAUUACGAAGAUGAUUCGCACAAACGAAGAGGCCGACCUCCUAGUGUUCUUACACCGAACGAAGCCCGCAUCGCGUCACUAUUGAAGGGCCUGAGAAAGCCCAAGGACGCUGCAGGAAAUCUACUUGUUCACCCUUUCGAGAAGCUACCAGACAAAGCAGCUGUACCAGAUUACUAUACAACGAUACUGAACCCCAUCGCUCUCGACAACAUCAAGAAGAAGGCCAAGCGGAAGAAGUAUCAAAGCAUCGACCAUGUUCUUCAGGACCUCAAUCUCAUGUUUGAAAAUGCCAAGCGGUACAAUGAGGACGACAGCGAAGUGUACAAGGCCGCGGUUGAGUUACAGAAAGAGGCUGUGUUUUUAGCUGAACAGGAGAAGGCCAAGCCUGAUGAUGAUUUUCGAGACGAAGACGGCAAGUUACCAUUGGCGGAGAUCCAACAUAACGGGCAGGCCUGGAAAGUCGGUGAUUGGGUUCACAUUAGAAAUCCCAAUGACCUGGCCAAGCCCACCGUGGCGCAAAUCUAUCGAACUUGGCAAGACCGUGCUGGCCAAAGAUGGAUCAAUGCCUGCUGGUACUACCGACCAGAACAGACUGUGCAUCGAUAUGAGAAGCAUUUCUUCGAGCAUGAAGUCGUCAAGACAGGUCAGUAUCGGGACCAUCAAAUCGAAGAGGUUUUGGAUCGAUGCUUUGUCAUGUUCGUGACCCGAUUCAAUAAAGGGCGGCCUCGAGGAUUUCCCCCGGACAAGGAGAUUUAUGUGUGUGAAUCACGCUACAACGAGGAAAAGUUCACAUUCAACAAGAUCAAGACGUGGGCAAGCUGUGUCCCAGAUGAGGUACGCGAUAAGGACUAUGAAAUGGACCUCUUUGAUGUGCCUCGGCGCAUGAAGAAGAUUCCCAGUCCUAUUAAGCACUUGCUCCGCGAUGAUGCAAAGGAGACAGAUGAACUCCCCAAGCCAACAUGGGGAAGCCCAAACGCCCCGCCCAUUGUUGGGGCGGUACAUCGCCGUAAACGGGAGGCCAAUGAAUCACCACCGCCAGUGCCCACCCCUCCGCCACAAGCCAUGUCGGCGGUCCCACUACCUGAUGCCGGCGCUGAUUCUGGCCGGCGCGCUUCAAUGUUGUCAGUGCCUGGCGGCAUUCCUAAUGAUCAUUCUGGGAGACAUCCUUCGAUAUCCUAUCCUGGAGGUCCCUCACCUUCGCCCGUCCCAUACAAUGCUCACAUGGCGCCUCACUUUCAGCCGGUCACUCCUGGCGCCCAACCAGCACAAGUUCAACAGACUCCAGUCCCUAUUCCACAUCAACCUCACCUCGGUGCUCAGCCACAAGUGUCUGUACGGCCUGUACAAUAUCAACACCAACCUCAACACUCGCAGGCAGGAUAUGCGCAAGGAUUCGCCCCUAACUAUGGGCAACCGGUGCCUCCUAUGCAUCAGCAAACACCUAUGCCAAACCACAUGACCCAGGCAUACAACCAAGUACAGGCCACUCCAGUCGCUCGCAGCCCUAUGCCGGCUGCACCAGGGAUGCCUAUGCCGGGUGGCAAUGUGUACAACCCGCCCAGACCACCAGAGGUCUAUGCACUUCCCGACAAUAUCAACGAUGCGAUGCCAAAGGAGUUGCGAGAGUCAUUUCAACAUGACGGUUCUGGCCGAGUUCUCUUCUUCACUGCUCCUCCUCUCGACAGACCCCACAAAGGCAUAUCCCACGAAAGUGCUGGGUUAGGACACAGCGCCAAAUAUCUGUCUGGGAGGAAAGAAUGGUUGGCCGACCGGGAGAGGAAGAGAAAAGAGCGCGACGAGCAGAUCGGGAGCAACUCAAACAAGAAACUCGAAAGGGAUGCAGCAGAUGCGCGUCAAACAAAAACAGAGAUUGUUGCGCAGGCCAGUGAUGCUAUGGCCAAGUGGUUGGAACAAUACAACGAGGAUACCCAGAAGUGGAAAGAAAAGGCUGGGCUUGAAGGCUGGCGUGAGGUCAAGCCAUCCAACGAAGAAAACAGCACUGUUUGA